AUGCGGCGGUUCUGUUUGAUGUUAACUUUCUCUUGGGUGCUCUGUGCGUCUGAGUCCUUUGCCUCGUCUUGUAAAUUAUGGAAAAAGUUUUAUCUUAAUGAGCUACACGAGCCUGGAGAUGUGGUUCUGGGUGGGCUGUUUGAGGUCCACUACACAUCAGUUUAUCCCCAAGCGACAUUCACCUCUGAGCCCCAGCAGCCAACAUGCACUGGGUUUGACACUCUUGGAUUCAGGGAUGCAAUGACAAUGGCCUUUGCUAUCAGUGAGAUCAACCAAAACCCUGAUUUGCUGCCUAACGUGACACUGGGAUACAGUCUUUAUGAUAACUGUGGUGCACUUGUCAUUGGAUUUAGUGGUGCGUUAUCACUGGCCAGCAGUCAGGAUGAGCAGUUUCUGCUUCAGGAGAACUGUGCAGUCACCCCUCCGGUCCUGGGGAUUGUUGGUGACUCUUAUUCCACAUUUUCCAUUGCAAUAGCUAAUGUACUAGGUUUAUUCAAAAUGCCAAUUGUGAGUUAUUUUGCUACAUGCUCCUGCCUGAGUAAUCGCCAACAGUUUCCAUCUUUCUUCAGAACAAUACCAAGUGAUGCAUUUCAGGUAAAAGCUGUAAUUCAGAUUCUGAAACACUUCGGCUGGACGUGGGUGGGUCUGCUGGUCACAGAUGAUGAUUAUGGAUUCAACGUUGCCCAGACUUUCCAGUCUGACCUGGCUCAUUCAGGUGGAGGUUGUCUGGCCUAUCUUGAGGUUUUGCCUUGGGACAGUAACCCGGUUGAACUUAAGAGGAUUGUCAAUGUGAUCAAGACAUCGGCAGCACGUGUGGUCAUUGUGUUUGCACACGAGAUUCACACAGUCAGGCUGACAGAAGAGGUUUUACUCCAAAAUGUAACAGACCGACAGUGGAUAGCAAGCGAGGCCUGGGCAACGGCAGCUGUGCUUCAGACAUCUCGCUUCAUGCCUUACCUUGGAGGCACAUUGGGUAUUGCCAUCCGUAGAGGAGAAAUUCCACGACUUAAGGACUUCCUCUUACAAAUACACCCUGACAAAAACAACAACUACAAAAACAAUCUGAUAAAACAGUUUUGGGAGCACACGUUUAACUGUCGAUUUAAUCAGGGAGACUUGGUGGAAGAAAAUGAAGCUCUCUGCACAGGAAAGGAAGACAUUAAUAUGGCAGAGCCUGAAUUUUUGGAUCUUACUAACCUAAGACCUGAGUAUAAUGUUUAUAAGGCUGUGUAUGCUCUGGCCUAUGCUCUUGAUGGUAUGCUGAAGUGUGAAGUGGAAAGGGAGCGCCUAAAUGGGCAAAGCUGUAUCUCAUUGCAACGUCUGGAGCCGUGGCAGCUCUUACACUAUUUGCAAGAGGUUAAUUUCACUACUCUGUUUGGAGAUCAAGUGACAUUUGAUGAAAACGGUGAUGCUCUGCCAAUAUAUGAUGUGAUGAACUGGCAGCAGCUUUCAAAUGGAGGAAUUUCAGUUCGGUAUGUUGGUGAAGUAAAAAGGUCUCCAUUUAGAGGUGAAGAACUCAGGCUUGAUGAAAACAAACUCUUCUGGAACUUUGAAUCCAAACAGCCACCACGUUCAGUGUGCAGUGAUAGCUGUCCUCCAGGUUAUCGACUGGCCAGAAAAAAGAAUCAACCUGAAUGCUGUUUUGACUGUAUCCCGUGUUCCGAAGGAAAGAUGAGCAAUAACACUGAAGACUCCUGGUCCAGCCCGCAACGUGACCACUGUAUUCCUAAGAAAACGGAGUUCCUGUCCUAUCAGGAACCUCUAGGUAUCUGCUUGACAACCACCUCGUUGCUGGGCGCAUUAAUCUGUUCCGUUGUUCUGGGAAUAUUCAUCUAUCAUCGCAGAACUCCUCUUGUAAGAUCCAACAAUUCAGAACUGAGUUUUCUGCUCCUAAUGUCACUCAAAUUGUGCUUCCUCUGUUCACUGCUGUUCAUUGGACAGCCCCAUCUGUGGACCUGCCAAAUGAGACAUGUAGCAUUUGGGAUCAGCUUUGUUCUUUGUGUUUCAUGCAUCCUGGUGAAAACCAUGGUGGUUCUGGCUGUGUUCAAGGCCUCCAAGCCAGGAGGAGGGGUCCAUCUCAAGUGGUUUGGUCCUGCACAGCAGAGAGGAACGGUUUUUGUUCUUACUUGCAUUCAGGCAGCAGUCUGUGUUGUGUGGAUUAUCUCUGCAUCACCAACACCACAUAGAAACACCCAAUACCACAAUGAUAAGAUAAUUUAUGAGUGUGAAGUUGGUUCAAAAUUGGGAUUUUCAGUUUUAAUUGGCUACAUUGGCAUACUGGCUAGUCUCAGCUUCGCCUUAGCAUUUUUAGCAAGAAAUCUUCCAGACAACUUCAACGAGGCAAAGUGUAUCACCUUCAGCAUGUUGAUCUUCUGCGCUGUGUGGGUGGCCUUUGUUCCUGCUUAUAUCAACUCUCCAGGAAGAUACGCAGAUGCAGUGGAGGUGUUUGCCAUCCUGGCUUCCAGUUUUGGCCUCUUGGUGGCUCUGUUUGGACCCAAAUGUUACAUAAUCCUGAUGAGACCAGAGAGAAACACUAAGAAAACCAUAAUGGGUCGUGGGACUACAAAGGAUUUAAGCUAG